AUGAAAAGGCAUGAUGUCUAUUUGGCGGCUCUGGCGCAGCGGAAUCGACUGAGACGCGAGGCCGAGGAAAAGAGCAUCGAGCAGCAACGGAAGAUUGAUCGCGAGCGCGGUUUCUCUGCCUAUGUCAACGGCGCCAACACGAGGGCGAAGUCGGCAACAGGGCCAAGAACGCAAUCCCGAGUGAGCACAGCUUCGUCGUCCAAAUCUCCUGAACCGAAGAAGCCGAUGACCGCGCUUGGAACAAGUCGCGCAACUCGAAAGUCUUGGGCGGAGAGCAUGGUGCAAGACAAGGGACCCUUCUUCGACAAAGACGAUGACAGCGAAGAGGAAGAAGGAAUCAUGUACUCGGAGACCUUUGACGAUGACGAGCACACUGGCAAGUUUGAAGCUUCGUCGAGUUCCACCCCGGAAAUGCAAAAGAGCAGUUCAAUCGAGUCAGUCGAGGAACGCGUACAUACCCCGUCCUCAUCUAGGGAGUUGGUUGUUCCUCAGCUAUCUGCGUGCACAUCUCGCUCAGGACGACGGGGAUGGACGCUCGACAGCAGCAUUCCCUUUGCCACUUUGAAAGUUGCUUCGCAAGAGUUCUCAGAUGGGAGCAAGUCCUCGUUAGAAACAGCGUCAACCGCUUCCAGUCCGAGCCCAGAACUCGGAGGCAGUGUUUCUACUGGUGACGCCCUCCGCGCGAAAGAACAGCGACGAAACAUUCUCCAAGAAAGCUGGAAUCUGAUCGACAACUUUGAAAGGAAGAACAAAGGUCGAUCGUCGCUCAUCUUUUCCGAAAGUUUUUCAGAAAACAACCCAACUAUAGAAGAAGAGAGAGAAGAGUUGUACAGCGAUUUCAUUCCAGUGACACCUAGUGGCCAAAUCCUCGACCUGAUCAUUCACUCGACUUGGGGCGAUCAAAACUACGCCGGGCUAAAUGGCCUCGAAGUCUGGAAUACUCAGGGCGAGAUUGUCAAAGUGAGCUCAAUCACUUCCCACGAUUUCAGAGAAAGCGUGCUCGAUCCCCGCUCCAAAUUGCAAAACAUCAUCAACGGAAAUUACAACACUUCAGAUGACCUGCACACAUGGCUGGCCGAGCUUCCCAAAACUAGAAAGCCGAGAGUGACGCUAGAAUUCAAACGAGUCCAAAGCAUCGCCAUGAUUCGAGUCUGGAAUUACAACAGAAAUCGGGUUCAUGCGCGAAGAGGAGUCAAACAUUUGGAGCUGAGACUUGAUCAAAAAGUUAUAUUCUCCAACGAAAUCGUGUGCGGACAAGGAGACAAAAGCACGCCCGCCCUAGAGCCGAUCAUAUUCACAACCGAAGAAGAAGUGUUCAACCGAAUCGCCCAGAAUGAUCCUGUCUUCCCGAAAUAA